AUGAGCGAUCUACAGGCCACUCUCGAGUUCUCCCUCGAGCUUUGCAAGUUCUACAAUGUCGAUCUGUUCCAGCGUGGGUAUUACCAGAUUCGUACCGCCCUGCGAGUGUCGCCGAAACUCCCUGUCAAGGUGGAGGUCAACCAGAUGCGGAAUCACUCGUUGGAGGCGCCCGGGACGAGCAAACGCUUUCAGAUCCUCUACAGAAACGAGGAGGUGACACUCGGCACUUCGGUCCUAUUCCGGGCGCACGUGCUCGUGCACAGCCACAAGAUCGAGGAGGUGCUUUCCCGCACCCACUUCAAUCUCGGCGUCGAGCUAUGGUUCAGCGAGCCGACGCAGCCCGGGAACAUGGCAUGCGUGUCGUCUAGGGCGCUGCAGCUGAACUUCGCGCCCACGAAGGGGCUUCACUAUCAUCUUCCAGUCCUCUUCGAUUAUUUCCAUCUCGCCGCUGUAUCUAUCACGAUCCACGCCUGCCUCGUGGCUCUUCAUCAGCCUUACAUCAAGAAGAGUAUACUCCACUACGUGCAAAGCUGCGCGCCACGCGGAGGAAAGCCAUGGCUGCAGUUCAAGCAGUCCACGGCGAACGGUGACAACAAUGCUUCGUUGGGGAAUAUCGAAACCACAACGAAGUGCGUGGGUUCGGCCACGAGGUUGCAGCACGCGAAACUGGUUCAGCAAUUGGCUGAUCUGGCACGGCUUCUGCCCUCUUGCCAGCAACGGCCCCUCGAGCUCGCUCAGAACACGCACAAAGAGAUCACCAAGUCGACAUCCAGCGAUCUUGUGUAAUUACAGAUGAUGGACUCGGAGGAGACUGAUAUCGCUCAACUCUGCGCACAAAACAUUGUCCUGUGGCAGCAUUUUCUGGAAGCGUUCUCGGGACGCGAGGCUGUUCAUCAGCAUCUCGCGAGGAUCCAUCAUCAACUGAGGGUGAAACGUUUCGCAGAAGGUUUCUUCGUACUCGAGAAUCCCAGAACGUCCGCCUGGGGUUGCUACGACGCGAACUACCAAUCUUACCAAGCGGUUAGUGAGGCCGCCAGAAGAUCACGGUACCUAGCGUCGUUGCCGCCUUUACCUGUGCACUGUCCAGAACUAGACGGAGACCUUCACUCGUUGCCUCUGAUAUUCGAGGAUCAGUACGUGGACAUGAAGCAGAGGCACAGAAACAGCGUCCCCGGUAUGGACGACUGCAGUUGCGGGAUCGCGGCUAUCCUGGAGUCGCGAACGAUGGGGAUCUGGUCCCCAAGAAGUGAAGGUGCAAACCAGGACAUCGGAUCGAUCCAGGGUCGUUUGACCCUAACACCAUCCACACUUCCCGCGAGGCACAGCAAAUCCUUGGAUCAAUUAGGCCCAGAGAUCACGCCGGUACAGCCGAGGACCUCGCCGAAGACGCUUCCCCGAUCAGUGUCGACGCAAUUGUUCCCCAGGCAGAGGGGCAUAGGCAGAAACGUCACGCCGCCAGCGACAGUGCCUUCGAGGGGCAGACAGAGGUCGACAGCACCGUCCAGUAGCACACUUUUCCCUCCUUCGGGGCAGCAGGCCUGCUCGGCGCCGAAUCCAUCCCUGGGCUCGACGCCCGUGGUCCCCCUACCGCGCGCCAAGUCAACGCAGAUGCUGGUGCAACCACCCCAAAACACCUCCAUCACGUCGCUCCUCGCAGCGAUGUUCCCAGAGUUGCCUCCAGGAGGACAGUUGCCUGGGUAUAGACCGUCGAAACAGUCCUGCGGAGAGACGCUCACGGUGCCCACCUGCGUGGGGGCGAUGGAACAUGCCCAGAUGACCGACUGCUGGAGCGAGAAUAAGGGCAGCAAUGUCCCGGAAGAUUAUCACUCUUUGGAUACGAGAAGAAUUCGACUAGAGCCCCGCAGCCACCGGUUAGCAGCCCGUCAGCCGCUGACGACGGUGAACGAUCAGAACAGCUUCCUGCCGGGAAGAGCGAUCCUGCAGGAACAGCAGCCGCUUCACACCGCGACUCUGGAUCGGGUGACGUACAGAGGGAACUCGAGGAAGCAAACGCAUCAAGUGGGCACCAAAUACAACCAGGCUAACGGGUUAGAGUCCCGUAGGUACCAUACGAUCGGGAAGACCGGUUCUGGUCAAAGUCAGCGGAACCGCGAGACGCAGGAAUCGAUAAACGGCGGCGGAACGUCGAGCAGUCAUUCACCACUAGCGGAUCCGUUGUACAAACGAUCGAAUUACUCCACGACCACCACGGAUUCAUUCUUUUAUCGUACGAACGGCACCAGUGGACGAACCCACGGCGAGCCAGAUAGGCCUAGAAGACCGAAGAGCACCGAGAGACUGGUCGACGAACCGGAUCGUGGCGAGUACUACGACGUUCGGAGGGAAAGGCCCAGAAGAAGAGACGAAAGACCAGCUGUCAAGUCACCGCGGAACGGUGCACCUGCGUCGUACAUCGACGAGAAGCACAGAAGAUCACAGGUGGACGAUAAUAGCGAGGCAGCCAACGAGAUGUUCUACAAGGUGAUGUCGGCGAUGGAACCGAAGAAGGAACAACGGUCGGAAAGGAGGAAGGACAGAUACGGGAGGAGGCCGCAUUCCGCCCCUGUUCUGGACAUCGAUCAUCCCGCAGAGGACAGCAGGAAGUGCGGUCACAGGAACCGGAAGCCUGCCCCGCCGCCGCCAGCGUAUCAAGAUCCAACGGCGGCGCCUCUUCCCAAGUACCGACAUCCGCCGCCUGCGCCGACGACGAGUGUUUUGGAGGUCGAGAAUAAUAAUAAGAUCAUUCUGAAGGUGGAGCCGAUCAAGUCCCCGAUGGAGGCGCCGGCCACAAACGGCACCACGCCGUCGGACACGUCUAGCGCCGGUGCUCCGCCGCCGAACACGAAAAGACUGAGAUGCGCCAGCGUGCCAGUGGCGCAGAACAAGGUGGUGGUGCCGCGUAGCGCGGUGUCGCUGCCCUGUAUGCCGAUACGCGACAGCAAAGACAGCCUUAGCAACAAUCUUCCCGUCAUUCCGAACCCGCUAAGCCCGCCGUCCACCCGGCCGAGCAGCCCGACCACGAGUUCAAGCUCGAGCAACCUAACAUCCGAGUGUUCCGGUUGGGUCAGCAGCGGGGACACGUCUAGCUCGGAGCAGCGUCGCAACGCGAAGCUGUCCAGCGAGCAACUGCGACAGAAACUGUCGAAAAUAGUGCCGAAAAAGGAGAGACCAACAACAAAGACCACGGUCGAGGAACACUCUUACGAGGAGGUCCGAUUGCCACCCCCAAAGAUGUUCCAAGAUGAGCCUCCGCCGCCAGAGGAGUUCAGGGAUCCACCAGCGAUCAUAGAUAAUCCUCUGUACCACGUGUACGAAACCGUGAAGCCAGUCAGGAGUCCAAAGCAGACGAAGACAGCGCCUUGUAGUCCCCAGAAGAACAGGGAGAGGGAGAGGGAAAGGGACAGGGAACCUGUGUAUGGAGCCAGAGACAUUUGUUUGGAUUGCUACCAAGAAGGCAAGGAAUUGCUACAGUCGACCCAGGAUGACUCUGUCAAUUUCAAGAAGUGCAAAGACGAGUUCAAGCGGCAGAUGAACUUCUCUGGGAAAAUCUACAGAGAACGCAAGGAAGCACAGUUGCGUUUCCAUAAACGUGCCCAUUCCCUUGGAUAUGGUGACCUCCUGACCCCGUCGUCGGUAAAACCCCUAAGAUCGAAUGUGCCUCUUAGUGACUAUCCGACCCUGGCCUCGACCAUGCCGUACUUCCACAUCAGCAACGAGUAUCGGCUCUUCUCGCCGGAAGGUGCCCAUCUGAUCAUCUGCGUCCACGGUCUCGAUGGCGAUCCGGCUGAUCUGCGUCUUGUCAAGACCUACUUAGAACUCAGUCUUCCCGGGGCGCAUCUAGAUUUUUUAAUGUCUGAGAGAAAUCAGGGCGACACAUUUUUGGAUUUCGACACGAUGACCGAUCGAUUGGUAGGCGAGAUCCUGCACCAUAUCAAGACGUCGGGUCUGAACCCGACGAAAGUGAGCUUCAUCGGACACUCUUUAGGGACCAUCAUUAUACGGAGCGCACUAACGCGGCCUCAAUUGCGACCGCUACUUCCACGUUUGCACACUUUUCUCAGUCUGAGCGGUCCGCACUUGGGUACACUGUAUAACACCAGCGGUUUAGUUAACGCAGGUAUGUGGUUCAUGCAGAAAUUGAAAAAAUCCGGCUCCCUGCUGCAGCUGGCUAUGAAAGACGCGCCGGAUGUCAGACAGUCGUUCAUGUUCCGGCUCAGCCAGAAGAGCAAUCUCGAGAAGUUCAAACACGUUCUUCUGUGCGGCAGCGCGCAGGAUCGAUACGUGCCGCUUCAUUCUGCACGUAUAGAACUCUGCAAAGCCGCUGUACGAGACACCUCCGAACAAGGUGUAGCCUACCGGGAGAUGGUGCACAACAUCCUGUACCCGGUGAUGUCCACCACAGGUGUCAGUCUGGUCAGGUACGACGUCCACCACGCGUUGCCAGCUACAGCGAACGCCCUAAUUGGCCGAGCAGCGCACAUCGCCGUCCUCGAUUCCGAGCUUUUCAUCGAGAAAUUCCUGCACCGAGGGAUAGCGAGUUUCGGCGUAAAAUAG